UAACACUGUUUCUGUGUGUCAGACUCAACACGUCGUGUAUUUCUUGUAUAAUUUUGGCCGUCAUUUUGUUAUAUUUUACUAUUUUGUCGGUGAUUUUAUGUGAUUAAUCAUAAAAAUGGCGAAGUUAGUCGAUAUAUACAACAGCGAGAAAGAUCCUGUGAUCAAAAGAAGACAAUUACCGUUAAUAAUUUAUGAGAAUCUUACUAUGAUUAUGGAUUUGAACACAGUAGGUCUAAUAUGCGACAACUCUCAAGUAAAAGGUCGGGAGUACGAGGAGUUCGUGCGAAAAUACAGAAUCCUCACGACAGACGAACUGAAAGCUGCCCUUAGAGUCGAUGCUUCCGAUAUAUUCAAUGUAUUAAACCAAAGCAUUCCUUGUGUUGGCUGUCGAAGAAGUGUGGAACGUCUUUUUUAUCAAUUAUGUAAAUCAGGGCACCCUACAGUGGAUCCAUUAGUUCUUACACCAGAUGAAAUAAUGACUAUAAGAGAAGAUAAAAUUGUACAUCCACAAUCAUUAGCUACUUUAUUGAAUGGUCACAGCACGGGCAUUGAAUGUCUUAUAGAGAAUCAACCACGAUGGAAAAAGUCUCAGCGAUGCACAUUACACUCGCUAGAAGCGGGUACGGCUAGAGGGUGGGGCAGUUGGGGGGGGACAGGGGCAAAUGGCACUGGAGGAUCGGGGCCGACGACAGGGGCGGCCACUUGCGGGUGGGGUUGGGGGGCCUGGGGCUGGGGAGGGCGCGCAGCCUGGCGGGCAGCGUGGGAUGCUAUGCGCUCAUCUGCGAGAGAUCAUGUAACACUCGUACAUUUCAAUACUCUCCACGACACUCUAACAAACUAUCUUCGCAAACAUCGCUUCUGUACAGACUGUAAAACUAAGGUGUUACGAGCUUAUCAUUUAUUAGUUGAUGAAAAAGAACCACAGAAGGAAAAAGGAUAUGUUGGGGCACUGUACAGUGGUAUCAAAAGAUGUUUGUUAGACAAACAUUUACAUCUGCAAGCAAAAACCAGUUAUAUAGAACGACUUAUAGAAAAAGCUGAACCUGAACUUCUUGGAAAUCAUAGGGAAAGACAUGCAAAAACACUGGAAAUUGCACAAGAAGAAGUAUUGAUAUGCCUUGGGAUUUGCAUUUAUGAACGACUCCAACGGAUUUCACUACGACUACGCGAGGAGGAAGGCACCUGUCAAACUUUGGCAGCAGUAGCUGUUGAAGCUCUAUAUCGAAAGUUUGAAACGGCUGUUGAACACAAAAGUGGAGUGUCAAAAUUGCAACUACUUUAUGAAGAAAUAACGCAGGAAGAACUCUCUAGGCAACAAAGGAAAGAACAAAAGAAACUAAAGCGACGCAAGAAGAAGGAGAGGCAGGCUGUCGAGAGUAAAUGCAAGGAAGCAGAUUCUGAGGAACCAGAAGAAAAGUGCCAAUGUGAAGAGUGUUUGUUAGAAGAAAGAGACACACCAACCGACCUAGUUUCACCACGGGAUUACAGUCAAUGUUAUGAAGCUACGGGCGACGCUUGUCAAUCUUGUCAAGAUGAUUCAACAAAAAGACUGUCGCCAAAAAAAACUGGUAAAAAACGUACAAAAAAUGGUAAUCUAUCACCCAAUGAGCAUUCACAAGACUGUGGUUACUCUUCCGGAAACAAUGGUGGUUGCUGUGAGACUAUAUCAGGUUCGUCUUCCCUUAUGAGCACUCCGGAGGGUUCAGAGGUAGCUUGUUCUGAGGGUUGCUGUAACCAUGAAAGAGGAGACUGCAUAGAUAUGGCCAAAAAUGACAAAAAUUCAUGUACUGGCUUUACACUUUCUCUACAAGAAAUGUUAAUGGAUACAUGUGCGUCAGAUGAAGAACAAGAUACCAGUUAUAUUCCAAUAGAAGAUGUUUUGGAAUUUAAAUCUCGUAGAAAUAUAACAGAGAAAAGGCAAGAACUGCGGCGAAACUUGAGACAAAAAUUUGCGCAGUUAUGUGUUACUACACCGUUGCACAUUGCGCAGCCACAGGACAAGCAAGCCGCUUGAUUCCAGCUACCAUAUUGCUCCCAUGUCCUGUCCGAAAUUCAGAUGAUUUUAUCAAUUAUUUAGUCAUUUCUCUACAAAAUGACAUGAAUAUAUCAGCUUCAUGGUCAAUAUGUAGAUGUACAAUAUCUUGUAAUAUGUGUGUCAAUAAUAUUCACAGAUUCUGAAAUGGUUAGUUUCGUAAUUCUCUGGUAGCCAAAAGACAGUAGUUAUUAUUUAAAUAUAGAUAAACAGAAAUUAAGUUCUUAUUUGUUGUACUCAGGAUUCCCCAUAAUCAAAUUAAUUAGAAAGAGAGUAACAUGUGACUUUAUUAAAAACAUUGUUUGAAACAACAUUUAUUUAAAACUACUCCGAAUCGAUAACAGUAAUAGUUUCUAAAAUGUAGUAAUGUGGCCACAUGACAACUACGCCAUAAGGAAUCCGGUUUGU